CAUUUUUUGUUUUUCUUUUUUCAAACCGGUAAAAUAAAAAUUGAUAAAAAGAAUAAAAACAACUUGCUGGAUUUAACAGAAUCUUUAGAAAAUACAUAUUUGUAUAAACUCUCUUGUUGACUUGCUUCCAUCUUUAUUAGUUGCCCGGCAAAAUAUUAAAGAAAAAUGCAGUGGCGGCGGUACGUCUUUAUAAUUACUUUUGCAGUAGUUUUUUGUGAAUUUCUUGGAGAUUUUAAUACACUUUGGACUUGUCAAUGGCCAAAAAUAAACCCAGAAAGCUCAAAAGAAAACGAUAUCAAUUCCAAUACAUUGCAUGCUAUGCUAAUAGCUGAUACCCAUUUAUUGGGUCCCAUGAAAGGGCAUUGGUUGGAUAAACUGUAUCGUGAAUGGCAUAUGAGACGAGCAUUUCAGGCAGCUAUGCUCCUACAUAAACCGGAUGUGGUAUUUGUGUUGGGAGAUCUAUUCGAUGAAGGUGAUAUGGUGGAUCAUGAAGACUUUGAAGAGUAUGUAAGAAGAUUCCACAGUCAUUUUCAUGCUCCACCCUCUAUACCAGUGAUAAGUGCGGUUGGUAAUCACGAUGUUGGUUUCCAUUACAAAAUGCAUCCAUAUUUUAUUGAUCGUUUUGAGAGAAAUUUCAAUAAUACCGGUGUUCAAAUGUACUCCAUACGUGAUAAUCACUUCGUCUUUAUUAAUUCAAUGGCCAUGGAGAAUGAUGGUUGCGAAUUUUGUGAAAAUGCUAAAAAGGAGUUGAUAAAUGUUGCAGAUAAAUUAAGCUGUUUUAAAAAUCCUAAAAAAUGUUCUAAAACCCAAACUCUUAAAGACAACCAGCUCUAUAGUCGUCCCAUAGUUUUACAACAUUUUCCCACUUAUCGAGUAUCCGAUAGAUCAUGUAGGCAACAUGAUGCUCCUAACAUUGAAGAAUAUCGUGAAAAAUGGGAAGUUUUAUCAAAAAAUUCGACAGAUUGGUUGGGAAAAUUACUACAUCCUCGUUUAUCGUUUGCCGGUCAUACGCAUAAUUAUUGCUAUUCUAUAAAUCGUUGGGGUAUUGAAGAGUAUACAGUGGCUUCAUUUAGUUGGCGCAAUAAAGUUAAUCCUAGUUUUCUAAUGGCUUCUAUUACUCCCACAAAACAUGAGGUUUUCAAAUGUAACAUGCUAGAGCAGCAAUUAGUUUAUAGUACUUAUAUAAUUUCUUUAGCUGUUUUAGCGCUGUUACUUAUUUGGGAUUGCAUAAAAAUCUUACAGAAUUUGUGUGUGAAAACAAAAGAUAAGAAUAAAAUAAAUUAAAAUCAGUGUUCUAAUAGCGAGAA